AUGGGUCCUCAGUUGUUUUCUCGGAAAACUCCCAAGAUAAGGCACAGAUGCGUAGCGUGCUACAAGAUGUUCAAUAGACGCCUACACCUUGUUGAGCACAUGAAGAUUUCGCACCAUUCAGUUCAUCAGCCUCGCUGUGCGGUUUGCCUGAAGCACUGUAAAUCCUUCGAGUCCGUCCGGGAACACCUUAACGUUCCGGACCAUCUAUCCAAAGGAGACUGCAAAGCCAUUUUCUCGAAACGAGGCUGUAGUCUGUGUCUUCAAGUCUUUGAGGAAGCCACUAGUCUCGCAGAGCAUCAAAACAUGUGUCACCUCUCUUCACCUCCUCCUCUUGGAACAGCUAGGCAAGGGAUUGAGGCCAAUGCCUCUAGGCUAACACGUCUCAAGGCAGUGGCAAUUGACUGUGAAAUGGUUGGUGCUGGUGAUGACGGGUCCAUUGAUGUGUGCGCAUCCAUUUGUGUGGUUGAUGAAGACGAGAACGUGAUCCUUUCCACUCACGUACAACCGCAAGUCCCUGUCACCAGUUACAGGCACGAGGUAACUGGAUUGACGGAAGAAGAUUUGAAGAAUGGUAUGCCACUUCAGGAGGUACGAGAAAAAGUCUUAGCCAUCUUGUGCCAUGGACAUUAUGAUGGGGCCGGGAGGCUUCUUCUUGUUGGUCAUGACCUCAGGCAUGAUCUCAGUUGCUUAAAACUCCAAUAUCCUAGCCAUUUGUUGAGAGACACAGCAAAAUACGUGCCGUUGCUGAAGACGAAUCUUGUAAGCCAAUCGCUCAGGUACCUCACAAGGUCAUAUCUCGGAUACAAGAUCCAAUCCGACAAGCACGAGCCUUACGAGGACUGUGUAGCUGCGAUGAGACUGUACAAGAGAAUGCGAGAUCAAGAGCAUGGAAAGGCACAAGGAAAUGGUCUCAACUCGUGGAAACAGAGCGAUCUAGAGAAGAUGGGGCCAGAAGAGCUCUACCACAAGUCCGCAUCAGACUACCCUUGCUGGUGCCUCGACCGUUGA